AUGAGCUCUCGAACUUAUGGGGUCACUGAUCCAAUAUCCACUGCAAAUCCAACUCCCAAAGAAAACAAUUUAAAUGAUUUAUUGAUCAAGGAACUCAAAGUCAAGGGAUCCUUCGAGGGGUCACAAGCAACAAAGAAGAGAGUUGAGGUUCUUUCUCUAUUUCAAAAGCUAGUUCAAGAAUUCGUUUAUACUGUUUCUAAAGCUAAGAACAUGAGUGAUGGUAUGGCUAAAGAUGCGGGAGGAAAGAUCUUUACAUUUGGCUCGUAUAGACUUGGAGUUUAUGGACCAGGGUCAGAUAUAGAUACAUUAGUUGUAGUCCCAAAACACGUUGCUAGAGAAGAUUUUUUUACAGUUUUUGUUGAAAUCUUAAAAAAUAGACCAGAAUUAGGUGAAAUCACACCAGUUCCAGAUGCGUUUGUUCCAAUUAUUAAAAUUGAGUUUGAUGGGAUUGAUAUCGAUCUUAUUUUUGCCAAGUUAGAUGUCGCAAGAGUUCCAGUCGAUAUGACCUUAGAAGAUAAGAAUUUAUUGAGAAACCUUGAUGAGAAAGAUUUGAGAGCUUUGAACGGUACACGGGUAACCGAUGAAAUUCUACAAUUAGUGCCGAAGCCUACCGUGUUUAAGCAUGCUUUGAGAUGUAUUAAGAUGUGGGCUAAACAAAGAGCCAUUUAUGGAAACAUAUAUGGAUUUCCUGGUGGUGUUGCAUGGGCGAUGUUGGUAGCCAGAAUUUGCCAAUUAUAUCCAAAUGCUGUCAGUGCAGUAAUAGUAGAGAAAUUCUUUCACAUAUACACUAAGUGGAGUUGGCCACAGCCUGUUCUAUUAAAGCCAAUUGAGGACGGACCAUUACAAGUCCGAGUGUGGAACCCAAGAUUGUAUCCUCAUGAUCGUCAACAUAGGAUGCCCGUAAUUACACCUGCAUAUCCUUCCAUGUGUUCAACGCAUAACAUAACUAGCUCCACCCAAUCUAUUAUUAUGUCUGAAUUGGAAAGAGGGGCUGACAUUAUGAAUCAAAUCAAUGCUUCGAAGAAAAGUUGGUCAGAUUUAUUUUUAAGACAUGAUUUCUUCUUUCGCUACAAGUUUUAUUUGUGUGUAGUGGCAAGCACAGAAUCAACUGAUGAAGAUCACUUGAAAUGGAGCGGGAUGGUGGAAAGUAAGCUUCGUAUUUUGGUGCAAAAAUUGGAGACUACUGAAGGCAUAACAAUAGCGCAUCCUUACGUAAAAGAUUUCAGCAGCUCUUACUUAGUUGAUACUGAUUCUCCGCAAGAUAUUAUUAAUGCUUACGGAACUUUACAAGGAGAGUCAUUUUUGUCAUCGCUAACCCCUGUAUCUAACAAAGCAGAAACAGGCAAACAAAUUCACCUCACUAAGUUAUUCAUUGGGCUCGAUAUCAAUCUCUCCAAGUCAAAUGAUGCAGAUGGGGUCAAAAAGCUAGAUAUUCAAUACCCAUGCUCAGAGUUUUACAACUUCUGUAAGGGCUGGCAACAUUUUGAUGAGAAAAUACAUCAUAUUCAAAUUAAAAACGUGAAAUUAUAUGACUUACCUAAUGAUGUUUAUAUCGAAGGAGAGGAAAGGCCUCGUAAAGCUAACAAGAAACGGAAGAAGGACCCAAAGGUUGAGGCGGCGAAGAGACCAAAAAGUAUUCUGUCAAACUCGUCUGUUUCUGUAGCCACAAAUUAG